CAGCUAGCAACUAUGGGAAACUGGCUGGUUGGUGGGUCAUCUGGCUUGCCCUCAGUGCCAGCGGACAAGCUAGAAGAGUUUAUCCAAGCAAACCUCAAACCCAACGAAGAAUGUCUGAAGCUGAUAGACCAGGAUGUGGAUGCCAUCUCUGUCUUCCUGCGGAGUAGAGACAUCCCUGUGAUGAGGGUGGCUAAGGGUGGCUCCUAUGGCCGGGAAACAGUCCUAAGAGGCUGUUCUGAUGGUACCCUUGUGCUCUUCGUGGAUCAGUUCCAUACGUUUAAGGAACAGAAGGAAAACCAAAAUGAACUCCUCAACUUGAUUGAACAGCAUCUGAAAACCCACGAGAAAUACAACAAGCCAGCAAACCUUGGGGGCAUCCUACUGUCCACACAAGGGCAGGAGAUACACCUGCAGCUGCUUCCAGCCUUUGAUCCCCUGUGCUGUGGUGAGAUUCCCAGGUCCCGGGUCUAUCGGGAUCUCAAAAGAUCCAUGGAUCAAGUAGAAGCGGUGCCCGGUGAGUUCGCAGUCUGCUUUACCACACUACAGCAGCAGUUCUUCAAGAAAUAUCCCAGGAGAGUGAAGGAUCUGAUCCUGUUGGUCAAGCACUGGUAUCAUGAGUGCCAGAAGAAGAGGAAAUCUUCCCUGUCUCUGCAGUUCUUGUAUGCACUGGAGCUGCUCACUGUGUACGCCUGGGAACAGAGCUGCCCCGCUAAAGACUUCGACAUAGCAGAAGGUGCAAAGACUGUGCUAGGACUCAUCACGCAGUCGUCACAGCUGUGUGUCUACUGGAUAGACAACUACAACCUUGAAGAUGAGACAGUCCGAAAUACUCUUCUAUGCCAGCUCAGGUCCCAAAGACCGGUCAUCUUGGAUCCAACUGAUCCAACCAAUAAUGUGGGCAAAGACGAUGGGUCCUGGCAGAUGCUGACAGAGGCGGCUCAGGCCUGGCUGGACUCUCCCAGCCUGAAGAAUGUGUUACCUGCACCACGUUGGAAUGUUCUGCCCACAUCACUUUUCAUCACCCCAAGCCACUUACUGGACACGUUUAUCAAAGACUUCCUCCAGCCCAAUAAAGAUUUCUUGGAGCAGAUCAAAGGAGCUGUUGACAUCAUCUGUAAAUUCCUUAAAGAAAAUUGCUUCCAGGACCAAAGCACCAAAGUUCAGAAGACCGUCAAGGGAGGAUCCACUGCCAAAGGCACGGCUCUGAAGUCUGGAUCGGAUGCCGACAUCGUCGUGUUCCUCAGCUCAAUGAAGAGCUACGGCUCCCAACAAAACCAGUGCUCCAAGUUUGUCCAGGAGAUCCAGAAGCAAUUAGAAGAUUUCCAGAAGAACCAGAAGCUGGAGGUGAAGUUUGAGAUUUCGAAGUGGGAGUUCCCCAGGGUGCUGAGCUUUACCUUGAAAUCCAGGAGUCUCAACGAAAGUGUCGACUUUGAUGUCCUGCCUGCCUAUGAUGCACUAGGUCAACUGCGUUCUGGCCACACCCCCAGGCCCGAAGCCUACAAGGAGCUCAUUGCAUGGUAUAGAUCAUCAGACCUCAGAGGAGGAGAGUUUUCACCCUGUUUUACAGAGCUACAGCGCAAUUUCAUUGAACCCCGACCCACCAAACUGAAGAGUCUGAUUCGCCUGAUUAAGCACUGGUACAAACAGUGUGAAAGGAAAAAGAAAUCAAAAGCAUCUUUGCCCCCAAAGUAUGCCCUGGAGCUUCUCACCGUGUAUGCCUGGGAGCAAGGCAGUGGCAUGGACAAGUUCGACACCGCCGAAGGCUUCCGGACUGUCCUGGACCUGGUCAUCAAAUACCAGGAGGUCUGCAUCUUCUGGACAGUCAACUACAACUUCGAAGAUGAGCUGAUGAGGUCAUUCCUACUGACCCAGAUCCGGAAAAAGAGGCCUGUGAUCCUGGAUCCAGCGGAUCCCACGGGCAACGUGGGAGGAGGCGACCGCUGGUGUUGGCAUCUUCUAGCCGAAGAAGCGAAGGAGUGGCUGUCCUCACUGUGUUUCGAACUGCCGAAGAAGAGUGACUCGGACCUGGAGCGAAGAAUUCAACCAUGGAAAGUGCCAGUAGUGCAGACCCCAGGAAGCUGUGGAGCACAGAUGUAUGUACCCCCACUCUGGGUUGAGUGUAGUUAAGUUGGAAUCCAGCUCUGGGAUGGAAAUGCCAAAUGAAGCCUCCAGAGUCAUCUGGCAAUUGAUUUAAGGACUCAGUCCGUGUUACAAAAGGGAGCUGGCUCCAAUCCUCCCUGUCUGGCCCUCAUCUCUCUCUCUCUCUCCUGCACUCAGACGACUCUGCUUGAAAUCAAGACUUCGGAUCUGCUCCCCCUCCCACCCCUAGGGUUAGCAUUCAGGCAUUACACUGGACUGCCCUUGGGACCUGGUAGAAUAGGCCAUCAACUACAACCACUCCCUGCACGCAUGCACUUACUAGCAAUUCAGGCAUCACGCUGGCCUGCUCAGGGUCCUCAGCUGCAGCCACUAAGAGCACCGCCCGUGAGCAUAUGUUUGUUAGCAUUCAGGCAGGUAAACUGGCCAGUUCAGGGUCCUACAGCCGUAGUCCUUGUGUGCACGUGCUACACACCCUCCACCCUCCACCCCUAACCCCCGCUUUAAAAGCAAGCUCCACCCAGCCCAUUUCCCCUUACCUUUAACUCUGCUCCUCCCAGAGGCAGGCCUCUGUGCCCCCUUCUCUCCCUUC